AUGGAUCGCCAAGUUUCUUACAAUGGUCCUUUGCCCUGCACUUUCCCGGCUUCACGCCCAUCGAUCCCGAUGAACCAUCCAUUACCCCCGAAACCUCCCAUUUCCAUGUACUUCCAUGUCUACACUCCUGCCCGCAAGCCUGCAACCAUGCUGCGCGACACGGCAGCGCAGCACGUUAACCAUGGCAAACCCAUUCCUGUGAACAACGAUCGAGAAAGGCCCUCUACGCACAACCACCCAACUGCAUCUUCUGUUGGGUUGCUCAGCGGCCCUCACAAAGACAGCGUUAUCUGUCCAUCCAGUGAAGAUACGAUCAUCGGGCUCGAAAAUGACCAUGACAAGGCAAGCAACAGCGACGACAGCGACGACUUCGAACCACCACAUCCCGAUGAAUUGUUCUCAUGGAUACGGAACAACAGCGACGAGAGUGGGAGUUGUGAAGCUUCAGUGGCCUUCCGAAGUGUGGAUAAGAGGUCGGGUCUCGACGGAGCAAUUUCAACUACAUCCCAACCAUGUGAGAUCGGCCUGUCCUGCGAAGUCCUCCCCAGUGAUGCCGAUGAUGGCCGAGAUGGUAAGAUUGGCCCUACGAAGCAUCUUGAUGGAAGUAAGGGUGGCUUGUCCGAUAUUUUGGGACCGAAGGUCUCAAUCGCUUCCCGCCAGCUGGUUGAAGUUUCACAGAUUCCUUUCUCUGGAUUCCGAGGGCCCCAGCCUGUGACUGAGACUACCUUGUGUAGCCCAUCUGUCUCUCGGUCAAAGCGUCGCAGCAGAGAGAGGCCCACGCGCGCCUUGUUGGGGCUCGCUGAACUUGCCGCAGACAGGGGCCCUCGAACCAGGGCAAGGACAAGAGCGGAAGCAUGUCGUUCGUUCCCAAGCCGCCAACAGGCCCGUCCUUAUUCAGAUGCCGAAGACGAGCUUCUCCGUGAACUGAUGCACAGAAAACUUCAAUGGGAAGAGAUUGAGGAGGAAUUUGGUCGGAGGUUUGCUAGAAGGGAUCGAAAAUCACUCCAAGGGCGUUGGUCGAGAAAUCUGAAGUUUGUAACCCCCUCAGCGAAGUGCUUGAGAACCAGAGGGGCGAGGAAUGGUGCGGCUUGA